CUCUGCCAUUCUUUUUCCCUCCCUCCACAUCAUUUUACUGUUACUUUCUUUCUACAUCCCUCUCUUUUUCUUAAACCCGGUCUAUACACCAAAUGAGCGAGCUAAAGCCAUACGAAGAGACAAUCAAGCGGAUAUGUUCCUUGCUGCAGAGCGAGCCGACGCCCGAUGUUAUCCAGGGGCUGCGCGAUUCGUUUGACCUUUUGAACCGGCAGCUAAAGGCAGGCCCGUUCCUCGAGGUGUUUGAGGCGACGCUGAGCAACAUCCCGUUCUCUGCGCUAUUCUCGCUGCUCGCAGCGCCAGACAAUAGGCUGAUCGUGAUCGUGUCGGAGCUCACGGGCCAGCUGCUCAGGCCAGUGACAUGGUCGAUGGUUCACCAGACGUUCGAGGAGUACAUUAUCCAGGGACUCGACCACCCGCACCCCGACGUCAAGUGCUUGGUGCUGAAUCAGUUCCUCAAGUGCGACCUGUCCACCGAUCCAUUUUCGCCGUCAUAUGGCCCGCAUAUCUGGAAGUGUCUGGCAGGAAAGCAGGACAGCGAGUCGAUCAAGCUGACCAAGCGAGUACUGGCGCAUUUGUGCCGGUGUCCCCAGGGAAUGGACUAUCUAUUCACAGAUGAGAGCAUGAAGGGGGUCAGGAAGCUGCUUGCAGGCAAGGAGGAGGAGCGGUUUCGCACAUACGACGUGAUCGUAGCGGCAGUGGGCGGCAGCGACAGCGCGUUCGAGUUCUUUAAGCAGGAAGGCAUCGUCGAUAUGUUUAUGAACGAGGGUAGAUCAAAGGACAUCCUCGUUAUCAUGAACUUUUACGAACAGCUGCCGGAUAUCUGUGCCACCACAGCGCCGUUCGAGUACAUGGACGAGCAGGGGGUAUUCCAGAAGGCGCUGGAGAACCUAAGCGAUACAACAGAUGAGGGUGUAACAGGGUCGUUGCUGCGCACAGCGAGCUUGAAGUUGUUUGCACGCAUGGUUGAUGCCAAGGGCUUGGAUCCGCAGCAGUUCCUGGAGAAGUACCCAGUUGCGACAGUGAUCAGGGAGAUCAUCGAGGAGCACUCGCAUAGUCGGUACGACUCGACAGUGACCGCCAUCAACUGCCUGGGCGCAAUCGGCAACAACCCAGCGGCACUCGAGUACCUAGCCAAGGAGGACAAGGCCCUGGCAGCGCUGGCAUCUCUCUACAACUCGUCGACUGGCGAUCUGCGCAUCGAGUGCCUGAAGACGAUUGCGUGCAUUUUCGGCCACUCGCAGGCGCCCACCGAGACAGCAUCGCAGGCGUGCUUUGACCUGUACAUGCGCCUGUGCGACGGCAAAUUCCUGUCAAGUCUGGUCAAGGAGAUCAUGAAGGGGUUCGAGGAGUCGUGCAUUGCGGCGUUUGCUGUGAUCCAAAAGAUGGCUUCCCAUGCGUGGGGCGUGCGGGAGAUCGCCAGCGUGCAGAACAUUUUGGGCUUCCUGCUGACCCGCGACCCGUCACGCGGCAAGACUGUGCAGCAGUGGCAGUACUCGGCCAUUGAGUCGCUGGCAGCGGCGACGGAGGCCAAGGCGUCGUUUGAUGAGGAGACCUACAAGCGUCUGCAAAAGUACGUCAACAACGGGCCGUUCUAUGUGGAGUCAGUGCCCAGGGUCGCCAUGGCCACGUCGUAAUUCCUGUGCGGGCUUGGCUUUGGUGCAUCAGAUUUGUUUAGCAGAUCAGAUCAUAAAUACAAAAAAUAUUCACUUU